AUGGGAAAAAGAUCUCCACAUACCAAUAUAUCUCUACAAGAACGUAAUAUUAACUGGAUGUUAACUUGCUCCGAUCCAACCCCGCUUGCAUUUUUUCAACACGUAUUUCCAACACAUCGCGGCCAAGCAACUGCAAAAUAUCGUAAAAUACUCGAUCUGGCUUUGAAAGAAUCGCAUGAUUCUGAAGUGUUGAGUAAGCUCAGAAGAAUGAAAAGGACGGCGGAUGAAGCAAGGUUACUACUUGACUGGGAGACAUGGAUGCAACAGAAGGCAGCGACUUCUCAAUUUUCUUCUGAAAGCGAGAACUCAAGAAAGAGAAAAAUUGGUAAUCAAUCAGGUGGCGAACUUCAUGAUGAUUAUGAAAGUGAAAGUGACGCUUUGUCCAAUGGUUCGGAUGAAGAAACCAGUGAGUCCGAAGAUGAUGAUAUUGAAGAUAAUAGUGAAGUUCAUGGAAAUAAAAAUGGUGGUGAAAGCGAAGAUGUUGAAGAGGAUAAUCGUGUCAAAAUUGACAAGAAUGAAUUCGUCCAGGCGUUUGAGAAAAUACCGGAAUCAUCAAAAUUAAAAUUAAUAAGUUCUGGAAAAGUGGUCGAAAAUGUACUUUUUAAUUACAUAAAGGAUAAUGAUUACGAACAUCUCGCCCAUUCCUAUAUAAUAGAUUGUGAUGAUCAAAAGAUCAAAGAAUUAUUCAAUGACGAAGAAUGGAUGGAAUUAACCAAAGACCAUUUAGGCAUUCCCCAAGUUCCAUUAGAUAUUGCUAGCGAAAUUGCAAAGUAUGGGAAUAAAACCUUGAAACUACUACGUGAAGUCGUAAUGAAAUCUUAUCUUCCAA